AUAGAGUGAGGGAGGGAGGGAUAGUGAGGAGAGGGGAGGGGGAGGCGGCGCAAAGUCGAAAAAAAUAAUUAGUCACUGCGGGGAAAAAAAAGCGAUCAGACCCGCUAAAGGGGACCGAGAAGUGUGUGGAAACAAAAAAAAAGUGACUUUAUUUCUCUGUAAAAUAUUAUUAAAGUUUCAACCUAGAAAGAGAAGGAGGGCUGGUGUGGAAGGCGAAUCCAGGAAGUUUUAUGGAUUUUUUUCUAUUGCAGAGAGGAAGACUUGUUUUAAAGCGUGGUUCAUGACAGAAGCGUGGAAUUAACUGAGGAAGAAGUUUUUUUAAAAUUUUCUUUUAAAACGGACUUGCAGAUUUUAUUUAGUCUUGGUUUUGGAAUUAUUCUGACCCGUUUGUUUGAAAUAUUGACUGUACUUACCUGGGGAGAGACUGACGGUCGGUUCCAGCUUUAAGAAGAAGUGGGAGAGGAAAAAAAACCGUCUUCCUGUGUUCCCGGGGAGGGGGUGGUGGUGGUGGUGGUGGGGGGGACCAUGUACCAGGAGUAUCCAGUGAACUACGACUCAUCGUCCCGCAGCAGCUUGUCUCCAGCUCACCAGGACAGUGUGUUCAAUAGCUCCGCGAGCAAUUUCAACAGCGCUUCACAGAAAUACCGAUCCGAUAUGCCAGGAUCCAGCAGUGCCUUUGUCCCGACAAUCACAGCCAUUACCACCAGCCAGGACUUGCAGUGGAUGGUACAGCCCACGGUUAUAACCUCAAUGUCUAGCCCAUACUCCCGGACACACCCUUACAGUCUGCCAGCUGCCAGCAUUUCGUCACCUUCCUCCACCACUUUACACCGACCUGGGGUGAUCAAAACCAUUGGAGCUACAGGGCGAAGGAAAAGAGAUGAACAGAUUUUCCACUGCCGCCUGCCACUGCCGUUUCUCCAUCCGACGCAGCAGCAUGACCUGGGCCGUGGGCUUCUCAACGGCCACCGUCAGAGCUGCUCCGCAAGUGACCACGAGCUGCCAUGUUACUGCAGGCUUACUCCAGAGGAAGAAGAGAAGAGAAGAGUUCGACGAGAAAGAAACAAGUUGGCUGCUGCGAAAUGUCGGAACAGACGUCGUGAACUCACAGAAAGGCUUCAAGAUGAAACAGAGAAACUCGAAGAGGAGAAGUCUGGUCUUCAGAAAGAAAUCGCUGUGCUGCAGAAGGAGAAGGAGAAGCUGGAAUUCAUGCUAGUCGCCCACAAACCUGUUUGCAAAAUGGCGCCGGGGAAUGACUGCAGGAGACGUUCUCCGUCCCCUGAGCCACAGGCUGGACGGACGCCUAACUCGGUGGUGGUCAAGCAGGAGCCAGAUGAAGAAGAAGACGAAUCGAAGUUGGCCAUGUCCAAUGCCGUGUCCAAACCACAGAGGUCGGUCAUAAAGCCGGUGACUGACAUCUCCAUAGCCAACAGCUACUUCCUGGAGGCUGAACCCCUCAACACGCCAGUGGUGGUGACUUCCACGCCUGCAGCUAACAUCACCCCGUGUGCUGCCAGUCUAGUCUUCACUUACCCCAAUGUGCCCAGCCUUGACCAAGAGCCUGCCUCAGAGUCUUGCUCUAAGGCCCACCGCAGGAGCAGCAGCAGUGGCGACCAGUCUUCAGACUCCUUGAACUCCCCUACCUUACUUGCUCUCUGAGGAAUGUGUCAGAAAUCCUCCCCACCGCCCAGACCAUGGGAUAUCGCGAGAGAUGGAAAUGAACUUUGUUGUGCUGACCAGAGUUUGUGGGAUCGAACUACUUUAAACACUUCAGACUCGCGGGGAGAGGGGAGUGUGGG